AUGACGGCUGCCGGCGAUCUCCAGAACCUUCUGUCAGCUCUGCUGAUCUGGACCUGGUUCAAGUCUUGUUUGUCCGAAGAAGCAGAGAAUACGACGGCCUACUACGACAAUGAAACCGUUUCCAGUGACUUCUAUGACGACAUGCCGGUACUUUGUGUGAAACAAUCGAACCGUAACUUCCAGCGCUGGUUCAUCCCGAUCUUCUACAGCAUCAUCUGCCUGCUGGGGCUGGCCGGGAACCUGCUGGUCAUCCUCACCGUCUUCUACUUCAAGCGUCUGAGGAACAUGACGGACGUGUACCUGCUCAACCUGUCCUUCGCGGACCUGCUUUUUGCGCUGUCGCUCCCCUUCUGGGCGGCCAACUCCCUGUCGCAGUGGGUUCUGGGCCUGGCUCUGUGCAAAGCCAUGCACGCCAUCUACAAGAUCAGCUUCUACAGCAGCAUGUUCCUGCUCUCCUUCAUCAGCAUCGACCGCUACUUCGCCAUCUCCAAGGCCGUGUCCGCUCACCGCUACCGCUCACAGGCCGUCCUCUUCAGCAAGGUGUCGUCGGCUGUGAUCUGGGUCAUGGCGCUGGUCUUCUCCAUCCCAGAGAUAGUCUACACCAACAUCAACAAUGGCAGCUGCUCUCCAUUCUCCAGCAACACGGACACGCUCCGCGUCAGCCUCCAGGCUAGCCAGAUCGUUCUGGCCUUCCUUCUUCCUCUUCUGGUCAUGAGCGUCUGCUACAGCAGCAUCAUCCGGACGCUCUGCCAGGCUCGCAGCUUCGAACGGAACAAGGCCAUCAAGGUGAUCCUCGCAGUGGUCGUCGUCUUCCUGGCCUCCCAGGUGCCCUACAACGUGGUCCUCUUCUUGACCACAGUGGUCACUGGAAAUGGGGGAACCAUCAACUGCGACUACGACAACAACCUUCUGUACGCCACCGACGUCACGCAGUGCGUGGCCUUCCUGCGGUGCUGCCUGAACCCCUUCGUCUACGCAUUUAUCGGUGUGAAGUUUCGUCACGACCUGCUGAAGCUGCUGAAGGACAAUGGCUGCAUGAGUCAGGAGAUGUUCUACAGGUGCACCUUCAGGAGGAGGAGCUCCGCUGGCCUCGACACUGAAACCACCACCACCAUCUCUCCCAAACUUCUCAUCACAUCACCCAAAGACACUUAA